GGUGUACCGCCCGACGCUCAGUCAGAGCUAAAACCUGCCACCCCACGCAGCCCUUGGUCUUAUGAGGGCACCUCUGCGAUAACCUGUCGCCUGGACCGUGGCGAGGCCUCAACCUCAGUCGUCGCUGCAUGUCUGGCCUUAGCCGAAGGCGCACCUGCGUCGCUGAUACCAGAAGACCUCUACUGCUGGGCGGAGAUGACGUCGGAGCCCGUCGCACGGCCCGCCCUUCCGCCGGUGGUUCCCUUACCAGAGACCUGUUCUCCAACGGACGGUCCUGUGGGCGCCAAUGGCGGCGUGAAGCUCCCGCCUGCGCCGGUUAUACCGCACGACGCUCAACCACAUCCAAUACGCGCCACUCCACGCAGCCCUGGGUCUUAUCAGGGUUUCUCAGCGGUAGCGUCUUUCCUGGACUUCGGCGUUCUCUCAGCCGGAGCCUCAGACUUCCCAACAUGUAUGGCCUUCGCCGCGGGCGCCUGUGCGUCGCCGACGCCGGACGCAGACCUGGACCGCUGGCCGGCGAUGCCGUCGGAGCCCGUCCCACAGCCUGCCCUUGCGCCGCAGGCUCCCUUGGCGGAGAUCCAAUCUCCCAGGGAUGGCCCUGUGGGCGCCAAUGAUGGCGCUAAACUCCCGUCUGCGCAGGAAGAGGUGAGUGUGGGAAGGGACAUGGCUGAGUGGGAAGGUUAUAGCUCUCGUUGA